CGGGGCCGCGCCCGGCGCCGACGCGGAGAGCUGGGAGCCGCCGGCUAGCCGAGCGGGAGCGGCCCGGGGCCGCGCGCUCUGCCGGUUCCGCGGUCCGUCGGCUGCUGCCCGCCUCGGCCCGCCAUGCGCGCCCCCGUCCCGGCUGCGCUGGGGCUGCUGGUCUUCCUCCUGCUGCCGGGCGAGGCCGCCCAGAAGCCGGCGCCCUGCGAGCGUUGCCGGGAGCUGGUGGCCAAGUUCAACCAGGGAAUGGUGGACACAGCAAAGAAGAACUUCGGUGGAGGGAACACCGCUUGGGAGGAAAAGACGCUGUCCAAGUAUGAAUUCAGCGAGGUCCGCCUCUUGGAGAUCGUGGAGAGCCUGUGCGGGUCCAGCGACUUCGACUGCAACAGCAUGGUGGAGGAGCACGAGGCGCAGCUGGAGGCCUGGUGGCUGCAGCUGAAGAAAGAGCACCCUGACUUAUUUGAAUGGUUUUGUGUGAAAACGCUGAAAGUCUGCUGUUCUCCAGGAACUUAUGGGCCAGACUGCCUCGAGUGCCAGGGUGGGUCCAGGAGGCCCUGCAGCGGGAACGGCCACUGCAGUGGAGACGGCAGCAGACAGGGGGAUGGGUCCUGCCAGUGCCACGUGGGCUACAGGGGGCCUCUCUGCACCGACUGCGUGGACGGCUACUUCAGCUCUCUGAGGAACGCGACGCACAGCGUCUGCACAGCCUGUGACAAGUCUUGUAAUAAGUGCUCGGGCCCGACCAGCAGAGACUGCAGCCAGUGCGAAGUGGGCUGGGUGCGGGAGGACGGCGCCUGUGUGGAUGUGGACGAGUGCGUGGCGGAGACUCCCCCCUGCAGCGACGCGCAGUACUGCCAGAACCUUGACGGCUCCUUCACCUGUGAAGACUGUGACUCCACCUGUGUGGGCUGCACGGGGCAGGGUCCAGGACACUGUGAGGAGUGCAUCCCUGGCUACACCAAGGAGAGCGGCCAGUGCACAGACAUAGAUGAGUGCUCGCUUGCGGAAAAAGCAUGUGUGAGGAAAAACGAAAACUGCUACAACACUCCUGGGAGUUACGUCUGUGUGUGUCCUGAAGGCUUCGAAGAAACAGAAGAUGCCUGUGUGCAGACGCAGGCCGUGGGGAACGAAGUCACAGAAGAAGACCCAACACAGCCGCCCUCCCAUGAGGAUUUAUAAUGUGCGUCCAGAGUGAGAGGCCUGGCCUGCCCUGUAAAUUAUUGGGGCUGCUGCCCUGUGCACGCAGCCCCCCUCUCCGGGUGGCUGGAGGGAACAGCUGUCUUCAGAAUGGUUCAUGCUCAUUUGGCCUUUUAAAAAAGCUGCAUUUAUUGGUGGUUCUUAAGCAGAUUUGUAUAUUUUGAUACCAUUCUUUGUAAUAAAAUUGACCGUCGGAGGUAGUAGACAGGCACAGAA